UUGGCGCCCCUCCCCUCAUUGGCCGGCAGGCAGCCAAUGAGCGGCAAGUUCUCGGGCGAGCGUGUCCCCAGCCAAUGGCCGCCGCCCGCACACGUCACCACGGCUCCCGGCGUCCCCCCGACACAGCCAACAUGGCGGAGGUGAAGUUUGAUCAAUUCUUGUUGAUAUAGUUCUGUUUGGGUGAAUGUGCGAAGUGCACGCGUGUGUUUGCUGCUAGAAUCCUUGCUUAGCCACCCUCGAGGGCGGGGCGGGCGGCGGGCGGGCGGGGGGUCAGGUGAGGGGUGGCGGGCGGCGAGAGUAGCUUUGUUUACACCGAGGAGGGGGGGCAGGCCUGCACGGGGCGGCGCGGCACGCUGGCGAGGCAGGCGACCAGGACUGACACCUAGAGACUCUGAGGUGAGCGGCCAGCCGCCCACCCGCCGCACGAACCACCCGCCGAGCCCCGGCCCGCACGGCCAGGCCCUGAGGUAACAGUGGAGGCGCCUGGCCCGGGGAUUGCCUCGCCACCCCUCCUGCCCUAAUUCUCCUUAUCUCUCCCCGGGGCGGCGGCCAGAGGGCGUGGGGUCCGCUGCCACAGGGACGGCCGUGUUGUUGUGGCCGUGGGCCGGGGGUGGUGCGGGGCAUGGGCUGGGGCAGGCGGGGUGUGCCUCCCCGUGGUGGUGGCGGGGCGCGGGGCCGCGGCUGACAGGUCACGCACACACACACCCACACGCACACACGCUUCACGGCCAAGGGCUCGCUUAGUUUGUAUCUGUAUGGAAACUUGUUUGUUCUUUCACACAUUUUUGCAACGUUGCUGAGUGGCCGACCAUUUACAACUCCCCCUUAAUGCAGAAAGAGAGUGCUGGGACGACAGGCAGUGAAAGUGAUGCAGGUGAUGUAGGAGAUGGCGAAUUUGAACCCACGGCGGAAAUGCUUGUUGAUGACUACGAUGACGAGCGAACACUAGAUGAAGAGGAGGAUAUGGAAGAAGGUCCUGACCGGGAGGAAGAGAUUGACAACUUAGAAAAGGAACAAGAUAUGCCUAUCGCUGAGUUAUUAGCCAUGUAUGGAGGCUACCCACCUGAGGAGGGGGAAGCGGAGACAGAAGACCAGACCAAUGGUGAGGGAGAAGUGAACCAGGGUGAAAAUGAGAAUGAAAACAGUAAUGAUGCUGUAAUAGAACAUGAGGCGGAGGGGGAGAAUGAGGCUGAUGAGCAAGAAGAACCAGAAGUGAUAUCAUCAAGGUCUUCCACCUCUGAGGAUAAUGUAAACAAUCAUGAAAAGGAAAUAAAACCAGAAGUCAAACCUGAGAGGAAAAGAAGAGAAAAGCCUUCAGAAUUAGCCCAACUCUAUGCAGACAUGGAUACCAAUGGUGAUACACAGACUUCAACCUCGUCUCGAUCACUCAGAUGUCACAAGCCACUGGGAAUCUUGUCUACAGGCAGUUCUAGACAACAGAGUGAAGAUGAAGAAGAAGAGGAAGGUGAAUAUUCUGGGGAAGAGGAAGACUGGCACAAAACAAUAAUGAUUGGUUCAGCUUACCAAGCCCAAGUUCCUGAAGGUUUGCAAGCAUAUGGUGCAACACCACCUUAUGAAAAUGAAGACAAACUCUUAUGGGAACCCGGGAAACUAAGUCCUAAACAGGUUGAGGAGUACCUGCGGGCCCUCAGUCAUCCCCCUCCAGGCUCACAAGGGGUUGCAGCUAUCCCUUUAGGAAAACAUGUUCGUGAUGAUGAACAGGCCCUAUAUUUAUUACUUCAGUGUGGAUAUAAUGUAGAUGAAGCUUUAAGGAGACACCGGAUGAAUCCCACCCCUCUGGCUUCAACAAUGACUCUAUGGUCUGAAGAGGAGUGUAGAAAUUUUGAAAAUGGUUUGAAAACAUAUGGAAAAGACUUUCAUCUUAUACAGCAAAAUAAAGUUCGAACAAGAUCUGUUGGUGAGCUAGUGCAGUUUUAUUAUUUGUGGAAGAAAACAGAAAGACAUGAUCUCUUUGCUACUAAAACAAGAAUUGAGAAGAAGAAAUAUAUAGUUCAUCCUGGCACUACUGACUACAUGGACCGGUUCUUAGAUGAGGGAGAGGGAGUCGGGGGUCCAGCGUCAUGGCGUGACAAUCGCUCUUCCUCACCAAGUCUCCAUGCAUUGCUGUAUGGCCGACCACCGCCUGGAAAUAGUGCAGGCCCUGUUGGAGGUUUGGUGGAAAGGUCAUCCACACCGACAUCUGUUGCUCAACCUGCUCAGCCAAACCCUUCUGCAGAAACCAGUGGAAACAGUGUCAACAGAGACAGCAGUGAGGCUCAUGUUACUUACACAGGACUUAAUCAGAUGGAAGACUUAGCUCGCCAUUUAGAUGCUGAUUCUAUUGAGUCCCUGGCUAAAAUGACCUCUGGAAAUAGUUCUGUAUCAAUAGCCAGGACUGGAAAAAGAAACAGUAGCCCUCAUCCUAUGGAUGUAGAUAUUUCUCUAUCACGUUCCUCAGUACUAAGCCCUCAGACAAUUGGUGUGGAAGCCAAAAGUGUGGCAAUGACUGAAACUGUAGCACAGUGAAAAACUUAUUUGCCUUUUCUAAUGUGUGAUUAGUGUUGAGGUUGUGAAAAGUGCAAAUGUUGGUUACUGGGGAUACUGACCUUGUAACCAAGAGAACUACAAAUUUGCCUUCUAUAACUAAUGACCCAUGGACACUUGCGUAGAAGUUCUGUGAAUUUCCAGUUGCAUGUGUGACACUAUUCGGAUUUCCGAGACCUAAGUUAAGGAGUGUGAACCCCUAGAACCAUUGUGUCAAAUAUUAUUGGUAUUUGUUAAGAAAGUGAGUGUUAUAUAGAUAUAUAUAUACAAGAAAAUACAAACUGUGAUUUACACAGAUAAAUUAUCUAAAUAUGUAAGUGGUGAUAGUGACACAUACUUUAGAGUAGAAACAGAUAGUUAAAACAACCUUAUCAAGAAUGUGAACUGAAAAUGAAAGUGACAAGAUUUUAUUAUUAUUUUUUUUAUUUUUUUAUUUAAAAUGUGGGUCUCCCAGUACAUUGGUUAACUGAUGAACAAAAGUGGUCUUCAUCAGCAACUGCUUGCUAACUGCAGUAUUCAUUUUCUUAUUAUAAUAAGGUUUUAUGAAAUUGGUGCACCUUGGCCUUACUACAUGUGAAAAUUCAUGCAAAUGGUAUGUGAUUCCUACUGAAAUUACAUUUUAAGGUAGUGAAUACUUCUACCUCCUCAGAAAAUUCAUAACUCAGCUUUUAAAAAGAAAGUAGGAAGGUACAUAUGGUGUAGCGUUUCCUUAUUUUAUCUUAACAUGACUUCAUCAAGUAAUUGGCAGUGUUGUUGAUGGUUUAAUAUAGUAUGAGUUAAAGAUUUAUUAGAUUUUUAUUUCAUUAGGUACUUUUUUUUUCAGUAUUCAUUCAGCAUUAAUAUUGGUGAAGUAAUGACAGUUUUUGAGUUAUUCCAUCCAGUAAAUUUAGUAGAAAAAUUAGAUGAAAACCAUUUUGUUGCAGUUCUGUUUAAAUGGCUUUAGCCAUUAGACUAAUUAUAGAAUACUAUUAGCUAAGUACUACAGUUGCGAUUUGAAGGUUUUGUGCAUUUAUCUGUCUGUAUUUCUCACCUCAUUCCUUCCGGGAACUCCCUCCAGGGGGUGGCCAUGAUUAGUCCUCAGCUGUCCCAAAGUAGCCUGUAUUCUGUUUACAUCAUGCACUUUGCAUCACUUAAUCACAUCUUAUAUAUUCAUCCAUUAUCUUUCAUUAAAAAAAAUUAUCUCAGGUUUUUGCUGUUCAUGAAUAUGGGGAAGGUAUAAGAUAGUUAAUACUAAAGAUAUCUGAAAAGCACCAUGCACAUACAAAAUGGAGUGAAGGGUUUUUAAAAUGGGGCCGUUUUUUCAAUGGUAACACAGCAUGAUUAUGAGUAAUCGAAUGUUAUAGCAGUUGUUUCCAAAUCCAGACUGGAGUCAAGGGGGGUAGGGGGUGUAAAAACACCCAUGAGUCACAGUACACACACAAAAAAACAUUGUGGUUAUGGUUAGUUUAAAACACUGCUGAAGGUAUUUUCUGGCCAAAAAUAUUUAUAUUUAAUUUUUUUCUUUCCAAUGAGUAUGAAUAAUGCUAAUAUUGGACAAUCAUAUCCAUACUAGAGGACCUGGGCUCAGACUGAUGACUAUUGUCUCUUGGUAAAGACAACACUUAGGUAAAAAAUAAUCCAAAGCAAGAGAAAAAUGCAGAACUUUCUCAUAUGUCGAGAGAGAAUGGCAGGGUGACUGCUUUGCUGUGAUGAUUAAGAGGAUAGGGGUGGCAGCUGGCUGCAACGGCUAUGUCUGGUCAUGUCCCACCUCACUCAAUGAGCGGAUUUUUCUCACCUUUAAGCACUACCUGGUCGGUCCUCCCGCCCAGAAAGCAGUCGAGUUUUAUGGGGAGGAUUUUUACUUUGCUUCCAGUUAUGAUGGGGGGGAUAUAUCCAGCACAGGUACACAGAGGAGAGGUGACAAUAGUGGUAUGCAACACAAAAUAGUUUUCAGCCUGGUUUGCAUGUUUCCCCCUUACAUACAGGGCUCCAAAUUAUGCUUUCUAUCCAUGAAAGAUUCCAUUUAAUUCCUCAUAUCUUUUGAGUUUAUGCUGAAUAUUGGCUAGAUAUUUAUAAUUUCAAGUUCCUGAAGCGUUAGAGUAAAGGGAUGUGUGAUUUCAUGGCUCAUCCUCCCUAUUCUUUAUUGUAGCAUGUGGCACUAUGGAAGUAUUGUGUGUAGAGAGUGGGUAGUUUUCGGUCCCUGAUACCUGGCACAUUUUAUGUCUCCAUUAACUCAUUCCUGAUGAUGAAAAGGAAGAAUGAACAGAUUAAGGUAUUAUAAAUUCGUAUAAUGUAAGACUGAAAUUGUUUGAUGAUCAAAGUCAGCCAAAUAGUUCACAUUCCCCAAUUCCAGUCUUGCUUCUCAGUAUUCAUUGGUAUACUUCUGUAUUUCCAUAAUGGACCAUCAUUAUAUAUUUGGUUUCAUUUUACUUAUUUUGUUAGCUACUGUUUAUUUCCAUCCUAUCAAUUUUUUCUCUAGUUUUUAUACAUUUAUUUAAACUUCUAUGUCAGAUAUAACUAUCCUUGCAACUCUUUAAAGUAUCAAAGAUGCAUCCAUAUACAUGCUCAUUCCCAGUUAAUAUAAGAGAUAUAUAUUUUUAUUAUAGUAAUACAUCUCUUUAAAGAACCUGAUGUGCAAGUUUAUUUCCUAUAAUUUCUGUGCAGAUCUGAUCAAACCUUAAGCCUUUGUAACCCGUACAGUGUUUUGGUAUUUUGUAAUUUCCUCCUCACCCCAGCAUCGGAGGAAAAAUCAAUUUUUUUUAUUUGUUAAAAUUUAUUUAUUUAUUUAUUUUUUAAUAAAACGAGCUAAAACCAUGAAAAAUGAAGAAAUGUAAUGUCUUUUAGCUUGCCGUCGCCUAGAAGUCAGUGUUUUGGGCCAUUUUUUGUUGAUUUGGGAAGCGAAAUGGUCGCGUUGAUUGCCUUAGACUUUCUUGGAUUGUACGUGCGUACCAGAGUAAAUCAUUUUAUCGACAUAUUUAGCACAAACUUAUAUAUAUUGUUAGAGUAACUCAUUUUGAGCUUUUUGAUUGUUCAACUCAAUGUAGAGUCGCCCACAAGAGUGUUCGCUCAUGCAAUUACAAUUUAUACGUGGCCCCCUCCUUACCAAAAAUGUAGGUACAAGAUUGCCAGUUCUGGACAUCGGUAUACCCACUAUACCUCACCCACAACACUGUCAAACCACUUUCCAACCAACAACCACUUCAAUUUCCACACCACGAUCUCCAAAACCACCUACAACACCCACACAAAUAAAAAAAAAAAAUUGUACCCAAAAUAAUGGUUGCCAGGCUUGCCAGUUAUAGUAAUAAAUGAAAUAUAUUGGGUGGUCAGUAUUCCCAAAGGAUCAGUUUACUAGGACAGCACCACAGAAAACACCC